AUGGGCUUGGCUGAGAAGAGUUCGGUGGUGAGGAAGGCCGGGCUAAUCAUCAAGACGUUGGACCGGUGCCGGAGCACGACGGCGAGGAACAAGCCAGCGGAGGGAUGCUUCUCGGUAUAUGUCGACGUGGACAGACAACGGUACGUGGUGCAGAUAGAGUGCCUGAACCACCCGUUAUUGUUCCAGGCACUCCUGGAGGAGGCUGAGGAGGCGUUUGGGUACGCAGACGCAGGGCCCCUCGAGUUGCCCUGCAACACCGAGGCGUUCGCCAAGGUGCUAGAGAAGAUCAAGGAGGAGAAGCAGAUGGUGGCGGGGAGGAGGCACGGCCUCCCCAGGGGAAACUCCUAUCGGUCGCUUGGAACUGGCUGGCCUAUGAUUGUCGGCCGGUCGUAACAUUUGUGUUUGGAUUGGAUGAUGCCGAGUUGAU